AUGGUGGGGGCAUUUGAGAGAUUGAAAGAGGAGGCUGCUAGAGAUGUCACCUUGGCUUUUCCAGACUAUAGUGAGGAGGCGAGUGAGAUUGAGCUGUAUACUGAUGCGAGCGAGGUUAGUGUGGGAGGGUGUUUAGCACAGAUGCAAGAGGUGAAUGGGGAGGAACAGUUGAGAGUAAUUGCGUAUGUCAGUAAAGCUUUUAAUAAAGCGGAGCGGAAGUAUUCGGUGGUUGAGAAGGAGCUUGCGGCAAUAAGGUUUUGUGUGAAAGUGUUGAAAGUGUUUUUGUAUGGGGUAAAAUUUAUCAUCCGGACGGAUCAUCGGCCAUUAAUGUAUAUGAUCAAGAAGGAGAGUGUGAAUGCUAGGAUCGCGAGGACGAUUGAAGAUUUGAGUGAGUUUGAUUUUAGGUUAGAAUAUGUGCCAGGGAGUAAAAAUGUGAUUGCUGAUGCAAUGUCUAGGAUGCAUGGUAGGGGCAACGGUGUCGUGAAGAGUGACUGGGGUCCGAAUGUGGUGCCUGAGGGUUUGGUUGUAAGAGAGAGGUUUGAAGGGGAUGACAGGGUGUGUGAAUGUUUGUUUUCGGCAUUGAAAGACUUGGAAGGGAGAGGUCUGGUUGAAGAGGUACCUGGUAGUGCAAAUGAGUUGCUAGUGAGGUUGAUGAGUGAAGUGCAGAGGGGAGUGGCAUAUGCGGAGGAACAAGAUGGGGAAGAGGAAAUGUUGCGUAAAUUGCUGUUAGCAGUAGCCGAGUUGUUUGGAAUAAAGGUGGUUUUGUAUUUUGGAUGGGAUAGACCGUUCGAAUAUCAAGGGAGGAUAAGUACAGGCAGUGAGCAUGGAGUUUUGAGGAUUCAGUGCGGGGAAGAUGGUUGUUAA